GAGACAAAUCAAUGCCCUGUCAUUUGUGUUGAAGAAAACAAGUGCUGUUGUUUAAUGUGCGUGUCGAUUUAUGUAUUUAUUAAAUUAAAAGAAAAUAAAUUAUUAAAAUAACUUAAAAGUUAAGUUAAAAGUGAAUGUGAUAUAAAGAUUUAGUGUGAACUAAAAGUGCACGAAAUUAUUGCAAGUAAAGCACUUUUAUCGUGUUUUUAUGCCGAAAGCCAGGGAAUCGGUCGCAGACAUAUCGGGCAAAAGUUAGAAUAAAUAAAAAAGAAAAUAAACGUAACAAAAAUUACUAUAAUUAAAAUAGCAAGUGUAUAUGCUUCACAACUAAACAGUGGAAUCCAAAAAUAAACUCUUCAAGUCAAUAUCGGUGUCGAAAAGCAGCAGCGCGGAACGUGUGUUUGUGUGUAUAGCAACCAAAUAAGUGCCACCAAAUAGCAGCACAUUAUCUAAGGAAUCUACAGCAGCGAACAUGGCGAGCGAAAUGGAUGACCUAAUAGAGAAACUAAAGUCGACUUCGGUGAGUCCAACAAACACCACCGAUAGUGACAGCAAUGCCAACACCAACAGCUUACUCAGCCAAAUAUCCGCUACAAAAGAUCCAAAAUUGUUUGACAAACAUGAGUUGGCUGAUCUUUUCAUGGCUUUGGCACAAUCAGAGGAAUUGAAUAUCCGUAAGGAGGCUGCCAAAUGCAUUGCCGAAAUCACAAAAUCCGAAGUGCAACGCAAAAAAUUCACAAAACGCGAUAUUAUUGAAGUGUUUUUGAAUUGUCUGCGUGAUUUACCGGCCGGUGAGAAUAUGGAACUGCCCAUACAAAUUUGUCGAGCGCUCGGUAAUAUUUGUUACUUGAACGAUGAGGCGCGUGACAUCAUUCUGGAUUUGCACGGUGAUGAAGUACUGCUGCGACUACUCGACAUAACGGAAAUUGGUGACACUGAGAAUGCGUUGCAAUUCAUUAAAGUACGUGGUGGUCUACUUUCUAAUUAUUUACUCGGUGGCGAGGGCUUAGCUAAACGCGCUAUGGAUUUACAAAUAAUGCAGAAAUUACAACAGAUCAUAACCGUCGGUGUGGCUAAUGUUGAGGAACAUGAAGAUUUGUUGUUGAAUACUUUGCCUUUGCUGAGCAUACUCACCGAGAAUGUGGCCGAUUUAAAUUUCGAUGCGAAUCUUAAUAUUCAGUUAUCGCAUAUUUUGGCUGCCUCCACAAAUCCCGAUCUAGCGGAAAUGUGCCUUGAACUUUUGCAUUAUCAGGCGGAGAAUGAUGAUGUGAAAUUGCUAUUGGCAAAAGAUGGACUCUGCGAGACGAUCUACAAUCUGCUUGAGAAAUAUAAGACUUUGGCGAGUACUAGCGAGGCGCGUGCACUAAUGAAGUUGGCAUGCGAAUUGAUUGUGUUGAUACUCACAGGAGAUGAAUCAAUGCAUUAUCUUUACUCCACACCGCUUCUGAAGAGUAUGGAGGAUUGGCUCGACUCACAGGAUAUCGAUCUUCUCACCACCGGAGUGCUUGCUUUGGGCAAUUUCGCACGUACCGACAGCCACUGCAUUUACAUGGUAGAAAAUAAAGUAAUGAACAAAUUGCUCGAUGUGUUGGCCAAGAAUAAUGGCGUCAAAGAUGACGUGCGUCUGCAGCAUGCACUUCUGAGUGCACUACGAAAUCUUGUCAUACCAAAACCAAACAAAAACGCUGUCAUACAAGCUGGACUUGUUGAAACUAUACUGCCGAUGUUGGAGAUACAUCAACCACCAGUAGUUUUCAAGCUGUUGGGUACAUUGCGCAUGACAGUAGACGGUCAAGAAAAACUCGCCUUGGAACUGCUGCGCAAUAAGACGCUUAUUGAGCAACUAGUGCACUGGAGCAAAUCUUCGGAUUAUGCUGGUGUCACAGGCGAAUCGCUACGGCUAAUGGCUUGGCUUAUCAAACAUGCCUACUUGGGUAGAAUUGCCUACGCGCUGCCACGCAAGGGUGACGCACCUGUUGAACAAUUCGCUGACAAACUGCCACCGGAGGACUACGAUCGCAGCAGCUUAAAGGCGUUUAUUGCCAAUGAGGGCACCGUUGAGGCUAUGAUCAACAUGUUGACAUCACAACAUUUAGUCAUGCAGAAUGAAGCGCUAAUUGCCUUAUGUAUACUGUGUGUGGUCUAUUUGACGAAUAGCAGUGCUGCUAAAGAGGAUGGUGUUGACUUGGAAGAGAGCUACAUCAAAUACGAAGUUGGCAAAAAAUUAGCUGAGCUAAUACGCAAAUCAUCAGAUACAAUGACUAAGGAGAUUGUGGAAAAUCUGCAAAAUUUCAAUAAUCUGCUGCGCACAUCUGGCAAGUUAGUGACGCAUCUAGAGGAAAACAAUAUCAAUGAAUUGCUGAAGUCCAUACCGAUACUAACCGAGUACUGCACACUCUAAAAGGAUGCACACUGCAUGCAGGCGAAUACAGUCGGGGGAGGUGGGAUUGUCAGUUAGGGAACUGGCGAAACAUAUUUUGAUAGAAGGCUUAAAAUACGGAUGCGGGGCGAUGGCGAGAUAAAUUUUUACUUAGGGAAAAGUGUUGGCAAAUGCACAUUGUUGAAAUUGUUGAAAAAGGGGGGAAAUUAAUAUACAUAUAAUACAUUUGAUUAUUUCCAUUUACUUUAAAACACACAAAUAUACAUAAUAAAAUUUAAAGAUACUUCGGCACUAAGCAGAAAGUAACCACGUGAGGAAGGUUGUGAGUGCGGAAAGCGAAGAAGGUUACGAAGGCAGCGAUCGAUUACGCAUUUUAACAUUUUACGCAUAUUUUUUAGUGUUGUGACCAUUUACUUGCAUGCAUAUAUACUCACAAAACUAUUUAUAUUCAUAAAAAUAAUUAGUGCAAUUUAAUAACAGAUUUCAAUAACAUACACUAGUUUUGACAAACGGCGUAUUGCAGGAGUUACAUAAAUAAUGGCUUUCCUUUGACAAUCAAGAAAGGCUGGAAUUUGUACACGAUGGUUGAUAGGUGGGAAGGCGUUGCAGUCGUCUUUUAUUAAAAAUUAUAGAAAUUUUCUAAACGAUGUUUUUUAUGCGGUUAAUAAAAACGUUUUUCUAAUAGCGGUCGCCCCUCGGCAGGCAAUGGCAAACCUCCGAGUGUAUUUCUGCCAUGAAAAAGCCCCUCAUAAAAAUAUCUGCCGUUCGGAGUCGGCUUGAAACUGUAGGUCCCUCCAUUUGUGGAACAACAUCAACACGCACACCACAAAUAGGAGGAGAAGCUCGGCCAAGCACCUAACAGAAGUGUACGCGCCAAUUAUUUUUUGUUUUUUUAUAGUGGUAAUUAAAAAACGCAAGGAAAGUUCUCAUCUAUCUAGUUUUUGAAUAAUUUGAAAGUCCUCUUGAAAAACGAAAUUUCUGCUUAAAACGAAACAAUUUACAAGCGAAUGCCGGGAUCUCAUAGGUCAAAUGCAGAGUUAGAACCUGGAAAUACAUGGGUACUUCAAAACUCAAAAUAUACUGUAUCCCGUAAUUAGAUGAUUUCUUCAAAAAGCCUAACACAAAUUUUAAUAUUUUCCUCAUCGAAGCCCAAACACUGCUAUACCCUUUUUUAUACAAUGGGAGGAAACCAAUUGUUGUUGUAGCAGUAUAAAUAUUCCCCAUACAUACAUACGGGGAAUGCUGCUGGAGUGACAGUCCUUGGCCGGAUAUAAAUCCGGGUCGUUUCGGUAACGUCGAACUGACUGUCGUGGAAACGGGUAGGAAACCAGUCGUUGAACAUGGUUCUAUAUCAGUUGUUAUUCUUGCUGUAACUGCAUAAAACAACCCACAGAAAAUUUUAGAAGAAUGCUGCUUGAAGAGCCGCCCUUGGCAAGGUAUAAAUUCGGGUCGUUUCGGCCACCCCAAUGUUGCUCCAAAUUUUUCUUAAAGUGACCAAACCAAACUAAAUUAGAAUAACAAUCCCUUUUCGGCAAAACUAAUUUCUAUGUUGAUCGGGUGCAAGUAUUCCCAUUAUGAAAUUAAAUACCCGAACACAUGCAUAAUACUGAAUAGAAAGCCGGUAUUUACAGACAGAUUUUUCAAGAGACAUUCACGGAGAAUCCCUCACCACCUUUAUGAACUCUCGCUCACCGUUUGCCCAACGGAGUCCAACAAUCACACAUCGCAAUCGACGUGCUGCCGCUACGUCGUUACACCCUAGUUGUUCUGGUUUGUUGCAUAGUUGCAGGUUGAACUCCUACUUAUCCAGAAUUGGCCCCGACAUACUCUACAUUCAUAGGUCCAACAUGUUAAGCUAGCAAACGUGAUACCCACUCCCUCUUCACAUGCACCCACUCAAUUAAUACUGGUUUCCCUCUGGUCUCAGCCUGUCGAAACAGCCGGUAUCUGCCCGGAGGUGGCAUGCAUUAUACAUUUAAUAGCUUUCAUUUCCAGGAGAAAAAAUCUACUAUGAUACUAUUUAAAACAAAGUCUCACAAAUACUAUGAUACUAUUCUGGUUUUAUUGGCGACAUAUCUAACUUAAUUGAGUUAUGAUAAAGGAGAAGUCAAUUUUCCGGUAACUUAAUUCGCUUCAUUUACCAAAAAUAAUGUACAAAUUUCACCUAUUCUGGUUGUCGAAGCUGAACUGUUCUUUAUUAUUGUCAAAAUUUGCACAAAAACCCUUUCACUUUUUUUACUAAUGCAUAGAAACCAUUUAUUACAGUUUAUUACGUCUACACUCAGGUGGCUCAGAAAUAAAGUCACCUGCACUCCCACAAAUUACUUUAAACAAUAAACAAUAUAUUGUGAGUUUUAUUUAAUAUAUACAAGUAUACACUUACAUAAGGAUAUUUAAAAGUUUAAUGUCGCACAUUAGUUUGUAAGUAGGAAGUAUGGAUCUAAUAAUGUUGAGAAGUCGUAGUGUAGUUGCACAUGCACUAGAACAACGAUUUGCAGUCAGACUUGUAGUUUUUAGUAAUAAUAUUUACAAUAUACAUAUAUAUACAUACAUACACAUAAAAUAUUUAACAGUUGAAAAGUAAUUUAGCAAGGAAAAGGUAUCAUGCAAUUCCAGACCUCAAUCAGCAAUACACUUUUUUCACAGUAGACAGUUUUAUUACUACAGAGUUCAUAGGCGGGCCUCUAAAUACAUUUUCUUAAGCAAAAUUUUAAAAGUAUAAAUGGUUGGUAAAUAUUUAAACCGCAAAUUGUUGCGUAAACAUUUAAGGACACUGAAAAUUUAAAAUGUUUUUCGCCUACUAAAUAAUUCCAAUAAUUCAUACAAAAAAUGUAUACAUACUAAAUAAAUUUCUUAAUAUUUAUAAGAUAAACUUCUAAUUUAAAAUUUUACAACCUAUUGAUUGAAGCUAUUUCAAGUUAGUCUUUUGAAUAGUUGCAUUUUUCUUAAAGAACCCUACUUAAAAUAUUGUAUUAAAAAUAUCCAAAUUUUCAUUCAAUGUAAUAAGUUAUAAUUUUUGUUUGUUUGUUUGCUAAAAUCUAUUUUUAUUUGGGUAAUUUUAAAACGCACACAUACAUAUAUAUUUAGUAAUUUCAAAAGUAUUAAUUAUUUAUUGUAAUAUAAAUGUUUAUAAAAGCACGAAAUGUAAGGCACAUAAAUUGCGAUAAACUACAUAACCUCACUUUAAACGCUUUCAUAAAAUGGAAACUUUUUGAAAUAAUUAAAAGGGCUAAAAUCGAUAAAACAAUCGUUACUAAAGAAAUAUUAAAGCGUGCACCGUUACAUACUUACAUUCAUAUAUACAAAAUCUUAAAAGUAAAAUAAAAUGGAAGUAGCAAAGUAGUAAAUAAAAAUAAAACAAGUAGCAGCUGUGAAACACUAAACUCCAAUUUGAAAACAAUCAGCACAGCAGCAAGCAGAGGUUGGUUAAAAAUUUUAAAAACCAAUUUUAAAAUUGCACCAUUUCUAUUAUUUAAUGCUUUGAUUAUAAAAAUAUGUAACUGGGAAUACAUACACACGCAUGCAUAUAUAAACGUGUAUGUAUAUUUCAUUAUGGUACAUUAAGAAAUAGUUAUAAAAGAAUGUAUUAAAGCCAGUUAAAAGCAUUUAUAUAUAGAAAUUAUGAAUAUAUAUACAAACAAUUAAAUUCUUUUUUGGAUAAAGAAAAAUAUUCCAGAACACGCAAAUAAUAUGCAAUUCAAAUAAAAUUUGAAAAUAUUAAAAAUUAUUAAUUUUAAGUGAAGAAGUAAAAUUGCAUUCAAGAAAUAAAUUUAGAUUAAGCAAUACAAUUUUGUUGAAACUGCUCUAACACCACAAUAAAUCACCAUGAAAUUCAAAAAUCUAUAAA